CCAGGAAAUGACUGUAUUCUGCAGGCAACCAGAAGACUUUUUACCCCACUGGGCAGAGCCUGAGCAUAAGAGUCCUCAACACAUACCUACACAGCGACGUGCUUCCUCCAACAAGGCCAAACCUACUCCAAUAAGGCCACACCUCCAAUAAGUACCACUGCCUAUGGUGAAGCAUUGAAACACAUUAAUCGAUUCAAACCACCACAGUCAUGAACACAGACAGAGGGGAUCUACCUGUGAGUGACCUUACAGAUCUAGAGCAGACUUGUAGUCAGAAGUUGACCUGUAUAUUGGAAUUCAAAAUGAUUGAUGAAAAGCUGUGAAACUUUUAUGUAUAAUUGGACUGAUCAAUAGUAUUAACAAAAACUCACUAGCAUUAUCAGAAAUAUCACCGUGCUAGAAAUCAUCAAACUGGACCUAACUUGGCCCACCUUAAAUGGAUGUAGAUGUCAGUUCAUGGCAAUAAUACUGCUUGUCUUAAUUACUUCUCUAUUACUAUAAAGAGACUAUGACCAAGGAAACUUAUAGCGGAAUGAGUUUAUUGGGGUUAACAGUUUCAGAGAGUGAGUCCAUGACCACAACGGUGGGUAACAUGGCAGGAGACAGGCAGGCAGGCAGGCAUGGUGCUGGCACACUAGCUGAGAACUUACGUGCUUAGACAACAACCAUGAGGCAGAGAGAGAGCCAACUGGGAACAGCCUGGACUUCUGAAACAAACCCCUACUGAUACACCUCCUUUAACAAGGUCACACUUCCAGCAAGCAAGGCCCCAACUCCUGCAAGGCCACACCUUCUGAUCCUUUCUAAACAACCAUGUUAACUCCCAAGCAUUCAAACAUGAGCCUAUGAGGUUAAUUCUCAUUCAAACCACCACAUACUGCCUCAGUACACACCAUACUUUACUUUCUUCAAAGGGAGAACCCAAAUGGCAGAUGUUACUAACAUGGAAACUGUCCCACAUCAAAAAAAGGGAUUCCUGUCAUUAUCUGUUCUUCACCACUGUGGACAAAGGACAGGCCACCUAGACACUGUGCCACCCAGGUGAGAGAUGUAAAUGAUAACCUUCUCCAAGAGUGAUGGCAACGCUCCAGUGAGAUCAUCAGUGGCAAGAUUAUAUAUUCCUUUACCAAUGCUGAUAAGGGAGCUUGGCAACUGCUCAAGUGAACAGUGAAGGGGGAAACUCACCACUGAUGGAUAAUUGGCCUUGGAAGAAAUGGAGAGCUACAUAGUCGGGGUGCAAGCAAGUGAUGGUGGGAGUCACACUGUGCACUGCAAAACAUAAUGGGAAAUUUUGUGCUUAAUAAGAGAAAUUCCACUUACAAUAGUUCAAGAUUCAAAACACAUAUAUAAGUAGGGAACAAAUAGAGCCUUAGACCAGGAACAGAUUCCAGAGUAUAGUGUCAUCAUCACAGCAGUGGACAAAAGCAACCUGUCUCAUUCUUCCAGGUACAAACUUCAUUCUGUAAAUCUCAGACAUCAGUGUCAAUGCUCAGUUUUCCACCAGGCCUCCUAUAGGGAUCAUAUAACUGAGAACAGUCCCCUUCUAGAUGUCCCCGCCACCAUGCUAGUAAGUCUAUUGGUUGUAGCCUACUCCAUCUUGGUCAGUGACCUAGAGCUAAGGUUAUUAUCCUGUAUGUCCCAAGUGGAGUUUGUACAACCAUAAGUAGCUACCAGGCUGACACUGAAGUCCAACAUUCAAGAUUAUCCAGCCUCAGUGCCAAGGUGGGCACCUGUAUGCUGGUGGGACAGCUCAGUGACAGCAUCCAACAUAUGCUUCACCCAGUGUGGGGGCACAACAGUCAGCUCUUCUACAUAAUACUGCCAACCACAGAGAGUCUGGUUAUGUAAUCAUCAAAAUAGUAGUGCUAAUAGAUGUGAACUCUAAAGACAACGCUUCUGUCUCCUGCCAUAUGGGAGUCUACAGCCUAGGAUUACUCAUAGGAAAUGCAUUGGGCAUAUGCUGAACCACAAGAUGAAAUCCAUCACCACCUCUGACUGUAUAAUAAAAAGCAAUGAAGGUCAGCUGCCCCAUUCAGUCUCUGCUACACUGGGUGUACUCUUUGCAGAUGACUUGCAAGAGGUACUUUCUAGACCUUAGUGAUUACCCAAUCCCCUUUGACCCUUAGGCAAGCUCCAGAUUUACCUGGUGGUGUCUUGACCUUGAUCUUGUGCUCUUUCUCCUUACCAUGGUUGUAGCUAUUGCCCUACAUCUGUGACACUUCUAUAGGCACAUCACUGGUUUGAGUUUGAUCUCUGCUCCAAGGCUCCAUAGGAAGUUUUCCUUCUUCCCCAGACUAUGACAAGAGAAUUCUGCCAUAUUCCUCCAAUGGCUUGGAUGAACUGCCUAACAUUCUUCAGUUACUGAGUUUAAUUUUCUCAAUACAAAGCCCAAAGAUGUUCUACUACAAAAUCUAUGUGUUGAACCCUUUGGGGCCAAAAGCACCAGCCCAUAAAGACAACUCAAACAUGACCUUGAUUCAAUAAACUUGCAAACAGUUCCUUAAAAACCUUUCCUAUGUGUGGUAAGGGGAGAACUCAUUACUUGGAGAUGAAACACUGCAGAUUAAGUGCUACUUGAUUCUGUUGUGUUUCAUUGGUUUUUCUCAGCACGGAGCAUGCUCUUUGUGAGCAUGUUUGUGUUGCAAUUGCUGGUCUGUAGAAAGUCUCCUAAUGGUCUUAAGUUUUCUGUUAAUUGUAAAGCAGUGCAACCAGAACCACUUCAGUGAAGUAGUAUACCACACUACCGUUCUUGCACAUUUUCUACCGCCUUUAUAGUGCUUGACUUUGAAUUCAAGGUUUCUGACACCUAAACAGGUACUCUAACACUGGGUUAUAGUCCUGUCUUGGUCACUGUUCUAUUGCUAUGAAAAGACACCAUGACUAUAUCAACUCUUAUAAAGAAAUCAUUUAAUUGGGGCUUGCUUACAAUUUUAGAGGCUCAGUCUAUUGUCAUCGUGGCAGGAAGCAUGGCAGCAUGCAGUCAGACAUGAUCCUAAAGUUGUAACUGAGGAGUCUACCUCUGGAUCCACAAACAGCACGAAAGACUUUGAAACUCCAAAGCCCACCCCCGGUAACACACUUCCUUCAACAACAUCACACCUACUGCAACAAUGUCACACCACUUCCUCCUUCCAAAUAGUGCUACUCCCUAUGAAAUCAAAUAUAUGAGCCUAAAGUGGAUCAUUCUUAUUGAAACCACCACAAUUCCGAACCCCUGACAUUAUUUCCUGAAUUUAACACAACUCUGUAAAAUUAGGCGACCCACUUUGAGUGGAAUCACAAGUAUGCUGUGCACAACAUAGCACGUGGAUGUAUUAAAAUGUCUUAUGCAGCAUAGAGGACAAGUGCAAUGACAAGUUCUCCUUCACAACCCAGAAUGCAUUGCUCAGUAUGAGUUUUGCUACAUACAAAAAAGGAAGAUGGCACACAAAACAAUUCAGGGGGAUGAUGGGAUAGUGGCAUGGGUGGUGAGGCUUGUCUCGAGCAGAAAGUCUGUGAAUGGAUGUUUAUUUCAAUGUAGCACUGACAUAUUCUACAUACAGAUUAAUAUUCUGACAGUGACAGGAAUGAGCAUGAUCUGAAUUUGUUCAUCAUAGAUGUGGCAUGUCAGCACAUGAGAGGCAGACGUGCCUUAAAAUGGUCCCUAAGGAGAAGUCAGAGUCUCCUCUGGUGGAGAAUUUUUAGUGGUGGUGAUUAUGUGUCUCGCUGAUAUCACAACUGGAUUAAUCAUCUUUCUUUGAGAAAGGGUUAUUUUCAGAAAUCUUAAAUUGGGGGGAUCUUGAUGGACAGUGAAGGAAUCACAAGUGAAGGAAUCACACGUGAAAUGCCUUAAAUAAAAAUGUAUUGGCCUUACAAUACUAAAAGUUGUAUAUAUCCUAUACAUUUUCACUUCCUUUAGCAUUUUAAAAAAGCAUACACAAAUGUAGCGUGUUAUAACCAUUCUUUAAAUGUUCAUGGGAGCCGAUAAUGACAUGUAAAAAUGCCAACUCUUCUGCUGCUCACCCUGGAGUAGAUUCACUCAGAAUGUGUGUGUGUGAUUAUCAGUGACAUUACGGAAAAUGCGCAAAUGCGGGUGAGGAUUCGAGAGUUCCAGAAGAAUGUGAUACCAUUCCUGUUCUGCAGGAUUCUAAGAGAUAUUUCCACAAAAAAUGAGUGGGAAAUUUUUCAGAGAAACACUUAAGACCAUUUGAAACUGAACAUAUUAUUCUUGUUUCAUUCACUCUCUGAGAGAAAUAUAAAUCCAUAACUGCAAAUUUAACAGAAAUAAAAUCCUCUACCAGUUCCACAAAGCGGGUGCAGUAUGAAGUUAAGACUCUAAGUGUCGCUGUUCCCUAACCCGAACAAGAAAAUCAGUGGGAACAGGGUCGUGUCCUGAUGAGAUACCAAAGCUAUGUAAAAAUUCUAACCUGAAAUGGUUCUCAACUGGUCUCCGUUCGUUUAAGGACCUUGACCUCUAAUUGAGGUAAUCUGUGGAUUACCAAGUGGGUUGGGGCUGUUCUUCCUACCAACAAUUGCUGGGAAGUCCUUUAACAAGCCAGUCAUGGCGGCUCUGCAGAGGCGCCGGCCCUGCUGCGAGUUGCUCCUGCUUUUCAGUCUCCUGUGGGGCUCCGAGGCUGGGCAGAUCCGCUAUUCAAUUCCCGAGGAACUGGAGAAAGGGUCCUUCGUGGGCAGCAUCGCCAAAGACCUGGGGCUGCAGCCCCGCGAGCUGGCGGAGCGGGGUGUUCGCAUCGUCUCCAGAGGUAGGUCGCAGCUUUUCUCUCUAAACCAGCGAAGCGGCAGCUUGGUCACCGCGGGCAGGAUAGACCGGGAGGAGCUGUGCGCCCAGAGCGCGCCCUGUGUUGUGAGCUUUAACAUCCUUGUAGAAGAUAAACUAAAUCUUUAUCCCGUGGAAGUAGAAAUAGUGGACAUUAAUGACAAUGCACCCAGAUUCUUAAAGGAAGAAAUGGAAUUGAGGAUUCCUGAAAAUGCAGCUCCAUCCUCUCGUUUUCUACUAAUGGGUGUCUAUGACCCCGAUGUGGGAGUGAACUCCAUUCAGGGCUUCAAGCUCAGCGGUAGUAGUCACUUCUCAGUACAUGUGCAAAGCCAAGACCAUGGGCCCAAAUACCCGGAGCUGGUGUUGGAGCACAGCCUGGACAGGGAAGAGGAAGCAGUUCACCAUUUGGUCCUUGUUGCCAUGGAUGGUGGUGACCCUGUCCGAACAGGCAUGGCACGAAUUCUCGUAACUGUCGUAGAUGUGAACGACAAUGCUCCGGUAUUUACUCAGCCUAUCUAUCGUGUGAGUGUUCCUGAAAAUCUGCCACUGGGUACACGAGUGUUAACAGUUAAUGCCACUGACCAGGAUGAAGGAGCCCAUGCCCAAAUAACAUACUCCUUUGUGAGGAUCACAGAAGAAAUCGCGCAGAUUUUCCGCUUGGAUCCUUUAACUGGAGAAAUUUCCACUUCCAAAAAUCUAGACUAUGAGGAUUCAAGAUUUUAUGAGCUGGAUGUUGAAGCCCGAGAUCAGUCAGAUCUUCAAGACCGAGCCAAAGUCUUAAUAACCAUCUUGGACGUGAACGACAAUGCACCGGAAGUGGUUGUUACAUCUGCUAGCAGAGCAAUUGCUGAAAACGCACCUCCGGGGACUGUAAUUGCUCUUUUUCAAGUCUAUGAUAAAGACUCUGAAAGGAAUGGCCUGGUAAUAUGCUCCAUCUCAGAAAGUCUCCCAUUUAAAUUGGAAGAAUCAUUAGAUAAUUAUUUUCGGUUAGUGACUAAUGAAGAACUGGAUCGGGAACAGGUAUCUUCAUACAACAUCACUGUGACAGCCACUGACAGAGGAACACCACCUCUGUCUACAAAAAAAUUUAUCUCCUUAGAUGUGGCAGACAUUAAUGACAACCCACCAGUUUUCUCCCGUUCAUCCUACUCUGUCUAUGUCCCUGAGAAUAACCCCAAAGGUGUCUCCAUCUUCUCUUUGAAUGCAGUGGACCCCGACAGUGAAGAGAAUGCAGAAAUUAUCUACUCUCUGGCCAAAGAAACCCUUCAGGGUACACCUCUAUCCUCCUUCCUCUCCAUCAACUCCAACACUGGUGUCCUGUAUGCACUGUGUUCCUUUGACUAUGAGCAGUUUAGAGAACUGAAUCUACUGGUGACAGCCAGUGACAGAGGGAAACCCCCACUUAGCAGCAACGUGUCACUUAACUUGUUUGUGCUGGACCAGAAUGACAAUGUACCUGAGAUCCUGUACCCUGUCCUCCCCACUGAUGGCUCUACUGGUGUGGAGCUGGCUCCCCGAUCGGCAGAGCCUGGAUAUCUAGUGACCAAAGUGGUGGCAGUGGACAAAGACUCAGGUCAGAACGCCUGGCUGUCCUACCGCCUGAUCAAGGCCAGCGAGCCAGGGCUCUUCUCAGUGGGGCUGCACACGGGUGAGGUACGCACAGCAAGGGUCCUGCUGGACAGAGAUGCUCUCAAGCAGAGCCUGGUGGUGACUGUGCAGGACCAUGGCCAGCCACCUCUCUCAGCUACUGUUACACUUACUGUGGCUAUGGCCAGCAGCAUUCCUGACAUCCUGGCUGACUUGAGCAGCCUUGACCUUCCACACAAGUCUGAUGACUCAAGCCUUACAAUCUACCUGGUGGUGGCGGUGGCCACUGUUUCAUGUGUCUUCUUUGCUUUUGUUACGGGGCUGCUGGUGCUCAGGCUGUGGCACUGGCGUAAGUCAAGUCUGCUGAAGGCCACAAGGAAAGGUGUGUCAAAUAUGUCCACCUCACACUUUGUGGGUAUUGAUGGGGUGCAGGCUUUUCUACAGACCUACUCCCAUGAGGUCUCCCUCACAGCAGACUCAAGGAAGAGCCAUCUGAUCUUUCCCCAGCCCAACUAUGCCCACACACUCAUCAGUCAGGAGGGCUGUGAGAAAAAUGAGCCUUUACUGAUACAGGAAGACUCAGCUUUUUGCAAGGAGGAAGACUCUCUUGAUCAGAUGGUGCAGUAACUUAGUAAGGACUCUGCGUGCCGCUGUUCACCAACCAUGAGAUGGUGGUGACGGAGUUCAGACAGAACCACCGAGUUUACAACACAAAGAAAGGACAGACUGAGACAAGCAAGCCUUCCUCCAAGCCGCAUCAAACUCAAGCCGAAUGGCUGGAUUCCCGGCUUCCCUUCCGCACACCAGGAUAUUGGAGAAUACAACUGGGUUCUGAAGCACAUUCCGAGACCUCUCAGGGUGUGAGCAAAAUCUGCAGGACAGCAAUGGCGCCCGGGCAGAGGGGCUGGGGCUCGGACUACAGAGGAUUUGUGCUGCUCUCCAUUCUCCUGGGGACCCGGUGGGAAGCCUGGGCAGGACAGAUUCUCUACUCCGUGUCUGAAGAGACAGACAAGGGAUCUUUUGUGGGAAAUAUCACCAAGGAUCUGGGAUUGCAGCCUCGGGAGCUGGCGGAGCGCGGAGCCCGCAUCAUCACCAAAGGUAAGACCCAGCUUUUCUCACUGAACCCGCGGAGCGGCAGCUUGGUCACCGCGGGCAGGAUAGACCGUGAGGAAUUGUGCACUCAGAGCCCGCGAUGUCUCGUGAGCUUUAACAUCUUGAUAGAAGACAAAAUGAAUCUUUACCCCAUAGAGGUGGAAAUAAUGGAUGUUAAUGACAACGCACCCAGAUUCUUAACAGAAGAAAUAAA